AUGGAAUCCAGUCUAGAAGAAUUGACCGCUGAAAACCUGACCCCCCAUGUCAUCAAGGUAUCCACGGAGAAUGUCAAGAACGAACGGCUUGUUGAGUUGGUUACCGGCUUGAUACAGCACCUGCACGACUACGUUAAAGAAGUUCAACUGAAGCCAACGGAAUGGGAGGCGGCCGUCCAAUAUCUUACUCAAGUUGGCCAAGACUCAUCACCUGAUAGGCAGGAGAUGAUUCUGUUGUCUGAUGUUCUUGGAGUGUCUGCACUGGUUGACACCAUAAAUUCUGCACAGGCAAAGGCUAGCUCAGCAACAGAGUCAUCUGUCCUCGGGCCCUUCCAUUCAGAAGACACGCAUACCCUUACUAAUGGGCAAUCUAUUGGCUCCCCUGGCGUUAUAGGAGAGCUUAUGCUCAUACACGGGACAGUUAAAUCCGUCAGCGGUGCCCCAAUCGAGGGUGUUGCUGUAGAUGUUUGGGAGACCAACGGGAAUGGGCUUUACGAUAUGCAAGACCCCAAUCGCGACGGACCCAAUUGCCGCGGCAUAUUCCAAACUGAUAGCCAAGGUCGGUAUUAUCUAGUAGGAGUGAAAAGCGUCAACUACGACAUCCCCACCGAUGGGUCCGUUGGACUUUUGCUCAACAUGUUGAAGCGGAAUAUUACGCGCCCUGCACAUGUGCAUUUUCAGUUGAAACAUCCUCAGUAUCUCAAUCUUACGACAGCAUUAUAUGCUAGCGACAGUGAACACAUCACUUCAGAUCCAGUCUUCGGUGUAAAAAAAUCGCUUGUCAAGAGCUUUGAGUGGAGUGAUGACCCGGCCACGCUUAUCAAUGAGUUAGGUUUAAAAGCAUCUCUUCAACAAAUGAAGUGGAAUGGGAAGGGGCUGUGGGUUCUACACCAUGAGUUUGUCCUGUUGGAGAAAUAG